CCAUCACUGGAACCCGAAAAGAAAGAGGAGGAGUAACGAGUGUUGGAGCCUUGCUUCUCGCCUAAAACGGCAACACUGCGGGAGCGUACAUGGGUGGAUGGAUUUUCGCUUGGAAAUCGGCAACUUUCGUUUUGUGUUCUCCACACUGCGCCUCGCAGUCACGUUCAAGGAAAAGGGAUUUUUUUGUUUCCAUUCACACCUAGACGAAACAGAUGAUGAAAAUGUUGUUGGCAUGGAUAAAUGGACAAUACCAAAUCUUGGGACCACGCUCGCAUCCUUCAGCUGAACAUGCCCAUAACACAGUGAAUCCAGGACCUACACAGACUGCCGUCUUUUACAAUGGAGGCCACUAUAACGAACCUAAAUCAAACUGUCAGAUCACACAAGUUCCUCAUCAGACAGUUGGAGGGAAUAAUGUCUACCAGAUGCCACAUGUCACUUUUCAGAAUCCCUUUUGUAAUCUUCAAGGUAGACAGCCUUUCCCUGUGACGAAACCAACACCGCCAUGUCAGAAUGACAUGUCACUGUACAGGAACCAGUCUUAUUAUCUGCAUGACAAUGGAUCAACAGGUACACAGGCGUUUAGCUUGUCUAGUGUACAACAUACCAGGAUUAAUCAGGGCAUGUAUCAGGUCGCAAACCAAGCUGUAUCGAAAACUGGUGUCUCCUCUACCACAGCUACUGCACUUAACGUAAGGCAAGGGAUUGGUGGAGUGGAAUCCAACAUUUCUUUGGUCAACAAUGCUGUACAUGGACUGCAUCCCUACAACCACUCUGGACCUCAUAGUAUGGCUUCUUCUGUUCCCUGCUACGUUGCUUCAAGUUUUCCAUCAAGUACAAAUAUUCCAAACGCCUUCAGCUCAAAUGAGAAAACACAACCGCUCUCAACCCUGUUCGAUGGCACUAACACAAAUGGGUCCCCAGCAGCAGGGUCUCAGCAUAACUCAAAUGGGACACGUCUGCAAGCAUCCACUGACUUACAAACCACAACGGGGCAACAAAACGACUCAUUGAAGAAAAAACGACCAGCUACGCCACUCACUACACUGCUAACGCAAUUGCUUCUGGAGCCGUCGCCUCAUAAACAAAACGACAAAUCAAAUUCCUCAAGAGAAGUUGCUGUUGUGCAUCCAUUGACAUCAUCUUGCAAUAAAGUGAACCAUGAAAGCAAAUGUCCCACACCACCGGAGUCUCUUAGUUUUCCCAUUGUGGACAAAGAGAAAAAUAUGCAACAAGAACAUUGUUGGAGUUCCCAUGAAAUUUCAAGUGAGCCUCAGUCCAAACAAUGUCAGAGUAUGCCUACGCAAGCUACCAUUUAUGCUCCUGACACUGUAACUAAAGACCAUUGUUUUCGACCAUCUGAUGAAAAGUUAGUAAUCCCUGAAGCUCCAGAAAAGGACAAGGGGGAUAACAACAAAGGACAGGACAUGCCACCAGACCCAAAGGCCAGUAUUUAUGAACUUUCCUCUCUUCCAACAACACUGUGGACCUUAGAGGAAUUACUUAAUUUGUUGGAGCCUGAAAGACUUGAGGAGCUAUCGGAUCAAUCUAAAAAUUUGGAUUUUCGAAGACAAAUACUGUCUCUGUUUUGGGAUAACAGCUUAAAGAACAUGAUUACUGUUGCCCGGACAACAUAUUAUAGAGACGUACUGAAAGAAGUCGGCUUGUUUUGUCUGAAUUUGAAAGAAGACACUGUCGUAUUGUCACAGGUCCAGCCCUCUGUGAUAAGUCAACUAAAAAACGUUCAAGUUCUUAAACACGGGGAAGUUUACUCAGAACUGCCAUACAACUCAUCGUGGUUGAAUAAAAAUGAACAACUGGAUGACAUUGACAAAGAGUUUGGCCCCAAUAUUCACCAAUUGUUGAGCGUCAACCUGUCAGAUGAAGUACCAACAGUCAACGUUCCAUCACAACCUGCAAGUGCGGUGCCAAAACCCAUUGCUGAACCAGAAGAUGGCAGUACUCACUCUGACCCCCUGUACUCCUUUGAAAUUAAGGUUUUGCCACCAGAAGAGGCUAAAGCAAUCUUUGAACAAGGUAAUGGUGUGACAUUGCAGUGUAUGGAAACUCUUAGUGAGCCAGAGCCAGUCCCAAAUACUGCUGUGGUGGAGCAACAAGGCAAUGGUGGGACAUUGCAGUGUAUGGAAACUCUUAGUGAGCCAGAGCCAGUCCCAAAUACUGCUGUGGUGGAGCAACAAGGCAAUGGUGUGACAUUGCAGUGUAUGGAAACCCUUAGUGAGCCAGAGCCAGUCCCAAAUACUGCUGUGGUGGAGCAACAAGGCAAUGGUGUGACAUUGCAGUGUAUGGAAACUCUUAGUGAGCCAGAGCCAGUCCCAAAUACUGCUGUGGUGGAUGAGCCACUCAAAGAUCGAGAUGUCACAAGCAGCUCACACAUGGAGACUAACAUACAGCAAUUCUGCUGCAUUGAAAAGUGGAAAGAAAUCCUCUGUGGCUCCGAAACUUUACUGGAUAAAUGCAAGUGUGGCCAGGUGUGUGAUUUGAGAAAGUCGAACAGUGAAAACGAAGGGAAGAGCGACCAAAUGGACUGCAAAGAGUUAAUAAUACUACCCGACCUUCAACCCCACUCACUCUUGGAGUCUAAAAGUGAGGAUAAAACCAUCAGCAGCAUCCCGAUUAGUUGGCUUGAAAUAUGCAACAAAGUCAGUCAGACUUUUGACUUAAGUAACUACAAUGAAGAAACUGAUGACUUAAACAAACUAAUGCUCAAUGAAAGCCAGCCAACCAUCAUAGUGGAAAACAAAGCUGCAAAUAUAUCCAGCAGUGAGAAGGAUCUUCACAACCAGAUGUCUGAUGAUGAAGAUUGCGAAGCUCCGCUGAAACCUGCAGAAAGAUGCCAGUCCACUGAUAGUGACUUCAGUGGGGAAGAGACUCUUGUGUUACCCGUUGAUGGAAAUUGUGAACAAGCUCAAAAUGCAUCUUCAGACAUUGCAAAGUCUCCUUGGGAACAACAAAUGUCAUGUCAUGUAAGGACUGGUGGUCAAACAGCUAUUGGUCUAACUCAAACACAUGAAAGCGAGUCAAGAAAACGGAAGCGACAAAGCAGUCCUGAUACUCUCUUUCCGUCCCUGAAGAAGUUGAUUCAAAAGAGAGAGUUGGAUUCACACAUUUCAAAAAGCAGCAAGAUAUCUGUUCCCGGUACUGAUUGUGAACCUUCAGUGCCGGGCAAAACUGUCCAGCUGGUGCUCUUUGGCUCAUUACCACGGGAAAGGCGUUCUAUAUCUAAAAGAUGCCAGGAGACUGCAAUGCCUCCAGAAGUUGUUUAUGCACACAUCAGCCCCCUCAAGAGAAAACCAGCAAAGUGUGCAUCCACCCUGGAUUAUUCAGCUACGAAAAGGAUUCGUAACAAAAUGCGUUCAUCCCCUGGUAAAAAGAAACACAGAAUCAAACUGAAAGCAAAGAACACCAUCCUCUCAUCAACUACCGGCAGACAAAAGAAAAACUCCCAAAAAAGCUCCAUAAAUCACAAGGAUUUUGAUGCAGAACUGACAAAUUCGGCUCAUAACGACAGAAGAAAGAAUGAAUGCGGAACCCAGGCUCUUCUCUCCAUCCAGGAGAACGUCUUGAAGUUCAGCGUUUUGCCCAACAGCUUCAGCUUUGAAGAUGAAUUGAAGGGCAAGAAAGAAACCACAGAAUGUUGUCCAGAGUGAACCCUCCUGUCAUCCAGCCUGUGUACCACAGAGACAAACAGAUGGAGCAGAGGCGCAUACACGUAAAUGUCAAUUUAUCGAGGACUCAUAAUUAUCGACCUGUUGACCUGUUUUUUUUUCGAUAAAUCCAUUGUGACUGUGUGUGUGUGUGUGUGUGUGUAUGUGUGUGUGUGUCCCCAAGCCUAUUAGUAUCAACUUUUCUCUUUUUUUCCCUUUUUUUUUAAAUACAUUUUCCAAAUAUUUUGACUUCCUUAAUCUUCAUCGAAUUUUCUUCUCGUAAAAUUGACUUUAUUCCCAUAACAUUAUGAAUUACUCCCAUAAAACUCCCAGAAUUUACUCCCAUAAUAUUAAAUUUUUUUCCCACAGCCUAAUUUUCCAAAAAGUAUAACUUAUUUGACUUUGUGUUGUUUCUGAUAUCAUGACUUAAUAUGACUUUAAAAUUUCAACUCCGCUACUGAAAAUUAUUUUUCCUCAUAAUAUAGGUUUAUUCUCGUAAAAUUGCGACUUUUUUUCUCGUUAGAAUACAACUUUUCUUUUAACAUUUUGACUUUGUGGGAAAAUUACAGCUUUUUUCCAACUAUUUCAACUAUCUUGUUUAAAAAAAAAAAAAAAUUCUCGUAAUUAUGACUUAUGUCUUUUAUAUACUACUCACAAAAAGUUAGGGGAUAUGCAAAGCAUAUGUUAGAGAACAGGAAGUUGUGUGUUAAGUAUUGAACAUGUUGGACAUGUGCGUUCAAAAACCCAUUAAGUUCACCUGUAAAGGUUAUAGUAGUAAAUUUUAGGUUCAUCGUGAAAUGUAUCGAAAUAUUCCUAACUUUUUGAGAGUAGUAUAUUUAAACCUCUACGCUACUAAAAUGAUAUUUGUCCUCCAUAUUACAUUAGUUCUCGUUAGGUUACAGCUUCUUUUUCUCUCAAUAUUUUGACUUCUUGUGAAAUUACUGCAGAUUUCAAUUUUUUUUUUCCAGUUAUCUUGUUAAAUGAGAUUUUUAGCAUGCGCCGCAGGCCAAUUUAAAUAACAGGCCCCCUGGCCACACUUUGGACAGUCCUGUGUUACUUGCUAUGCGUUCUUUGAUAUCAGUGUGCCCAGGAAAGACGUUACGGGAAUGACUAAAAUACUGUAAGCCACUGGUGUCCAAAGUGCGGCCUGUGGCUUUUUUUUUUAAAUUGGCCCGCAGCACAUUCUAAAAAUAAAACUUAAAUAUUUAAAUAAAUAAAAAAUAACUAGCAGCAGCAAAACAGGAAAAAUCAGCAGUAAUUUUACAAUGGUAAAGUCAAAAUGUUAAGGCAAAGGUGCUGUAAUUUAAUGAAGGAAAAAAUCUUAUAAGAAUAAAUGACAUUUUAAUGUACCAUAAUUUUUUGUCAGCAUAACGUUGAAAUAUUAAAUAUUAUGAAAAAACAAACCAAAAAAUAAAGUCGUCUAUUUUUGGGAAAAUUAGUUUGCGGGAAAAGCUAUAAUGAUACAAGAAUAAAGUAUAGUCAUAAUUAUGAGAAAAUAGAAGACGGAAGUUGAAGUGGUUGUAAAAUUAAACAAGACAGCAGAAAUGUGGAGGAAAAACAGCUGUUAUUUUACGAGUGUCAAAAUAUCAAGAGGAAAAAAGUCAUAUUCUAACAAGAAGAAAAUUGCAUUUUUAUGAGAAUAAACUCUUACUAUCAUGAGGAUAAAUAAUGUAAUGUUAGUAGCGUACAAUGAAAUAUUAAAGAAAAACUAAUGAUUUUUUUACAAGCAGUAAUAUAAGAAACAAAAUAAAGUUCCCUCAACAUCAGCCAGGUUUCAGAGACUGGACUUGAAACUGAAUACGGUUAAAUGCCAAAAAAUGCCUACCUGGAGAGCAGUGACGUGUGCAAGCGUAUUCAAGGGUCAAAAUGGAUGGCAAGUACACACAAUGCGUACAUAUUGGCAGGUAUGCUGCUGUAACAAAAAUUGGUGGUGUUGAGACCUAAUGUACAUGGAUAUUUUAGAGUGCAAUGAAAUGUAUUUUUCCUCCGUAUCUAUUUGAAUACAAAAUACUGAAUGGUUAUCAGGUUAGUGAUGGCUU